GGUGGGGCGGGGCGGGGGGUGCUCGGGCCCCACCCCAGGAUCCGGUGACGCCGGGGCUGGAAUUUGACACCGGACAGUGGCGGGCAUGAGGCUGCUGAGGGAUGGAGUUGGGCCCAGCCCCCAGACACGGUCCACGGGCUCCACCAGCAGCAGGUCCCUCGGGUCCCAGCCCUCGCUGUGUCCCAGACCCAGAGCCCUGCACUUGCGGUAAGCCGACCUGUUUGCCCACCUCUCGUCCCAGCCCAGGGGCUAGAGGGAGCAGCCAGGGUCGUCCCCCUCCACUCCUUUCUUACAUCCUCCCUCUCCUGGGCCUGCUGCGCAGCUCUCCGCCCCUCCCAGCCCCCCGCAGUCCCUCUUGUCGCUUGUUGGACUGUGCUAGCCCUGCUGGCCCGCUGUAACGUGAGGCUUCCGCUGCUGCUACAGGGCUCAGACCAGCUGCCAAGCUUUUGGCUAAAAGGGGCACUGCCAGGUGCACAGCCCUGGGCAUGAGCCUUUCGAGCUGCAGGGGAAAGCCCAGCACUGGUCCCAGGAAAGGUGCCUAGGAGAACACAACACAGAACCCCCGGGUGAGAACAGUCACUAGCCUGGCUCCUCAGGCCCGUAUUCCGUUAGCCGAGCACACCUGGCCCUGGAGGACCUCACCAGGGAGGACCAGCCCACAGAGAUGGAGCCUGGACGUGGAAGCCCUUCUGUGCUGCCCCUCUGGCCCCGGCCUAGGCGGCAGCCUGCCCUGUGGCCUACCCUGGCCGCUCUGGCCCUGCUGAGCAGCAUCACCGAGGGCGAGGCCUCCCUGGGCCCCGCGCCCAGCAGCCCGGUCCCCCGAGAAGGCCCCGCGCCGGCCCCGGCGCCCCCCGCGGGUCCCCUGCCUGGGGGCCGCGCGGCCGGUCUGUGCGGCGGAAGAGCCCGGCGGCUGCCGCCCCCGCCGCCCGCGCCCUCGCCCUCGCCCGCUGCCCCCCGAGGGCCCCGCGCUGCGCGGGCUGGGGGCCGGGGCGGUCGCGGGAGCCGGGGGAGCCGCGCGCGGGCCGCGGGGGCGCGGGGCUGCCGCCUGCGCUCUCAGCUGGUGCCGGUGCGCGCGCUCGGCUUGGGCCACCACUCCGACGAGCUGGUGCGUUUCCGCUUCUGCAGCGGCUCCUGCCGCCGCGCGCGCUCCCCGCAUGACCUCAGUCUGGCCAGCCUGCUGGGCGCCGGGGCCCUGCGGCCGCCCCCCGGCCCGCGGCCCGUCAGCCAGCCCUGCUGCCGACCCACGCGCUACGAGGCCGUCUCCUUCAUGGACGUCAACAGCACCUGGAGGACCGUGGACCGCCUCUCGGCCACUGCCUGCGGCUGUCUGGGCUGAGGGCUCACUCCGAGGGUGUGCAGACGCACCCUUACCUGUGGGUCUAACUGCCUGGGACCGGCCAGGGGCCUUGGCCGGAGACGGAGGCUUCAGCCGGGUGAGUGACGGACAUCAGCCCUGCGGAGAUAGAGGCACGACUGACCAGCGGCCCCAGGGCUCUCACCCUGCCGGCCUCAGCCCCGCAGACCCCAGAAACCUCAGCUGUGGAGACCCGAGGACCCACUGCGCACAGACGCUGGCAGUGACCAGGCCAUGGACCCAGGACUCCUCCUCUGGAGAACCCAGAUGUGUCAAGUCGCAGCCUCAGCCCAGGCCUGGGGGGACAGAUCUGGAGACACGUUGCAGUUGUGUUGCUGAAGUGCCUGUGCUGGAGUGGGCCUUGGACUCACUCGUGGGAGCUGGACCCCUAUUUAUUACUUCUAAGUUAUUUAUUUACUUCUGUGGUUUGUCAGAUCCUUUGCUGGGCUGUGGGGGCCGGAUGGAGGUCACUCCCUGACCAUCCCACUCACAACUUCAGGCGCACUCAGCAGUCAUAGGCCUGGCCCGGGACUGCCUGUGCCCACCCAGCAGCUCUGGGAAACGAGGGGCAUGGAACACAGGCAGAGUGAGUGACAAAGGUGUGUUCACCGGUCCCAACAGGCCAGCCAGCUCACAACCCCUGCACAGUCCCCAGCGGUUGGAGCCUGGGGUUACUGGUGGAGAAAGCCAUACCCUUGAGCCCUCUGGCAUGCUGCGAGCCUUGUUUCAUGGUGAAGAUGCAGAGAAUCAUAUAUUGCCCCACCCCACUGUCACUGAUCAGAGUCCAGGGCACCCUGACAGGUGCAUAGACUGCCUGUGCUUGCAGAUGGCCCAGCACGGGGAGCUCACUACCCACAUUCCAUGAAACAGCCCAAGUCAAGUGAUGAAGAGGCUGAGGGUGGGGAAGAGGGUGCAGUGGGAGGCUGGUUUGGGGGGAUGAAGCACAGAGCAUCAUGGGGAUAAGAAAGCAGGAAAAGACUGAGGGUGCCUAGAGAGACCUGCAUCUUGGGUAAUGAACAAGGAUAUUCACUUAUCCAUUCAACCGAUAUUUAUUAUUUUAUGUCAGAUGCUGGGUAGACAGCAGGGAUACAGAAGUGAACCCAUGAUCUCAGCUCUUAAGCUUAAACCAUGAGAGACAGACAAUAAAUAAUUUACAUAAAUAAUAUUUAAAUUCAGUUUGGCAAACAGUAUGAAAAGGACAAGCAGCUAACAGGUACACACUCUCAUCUGGAAGGAAGAAGAGAUUAAUGCUGACCCUGGCCUUCCACACUGUCCCCGAGUCAUAUCUCAGAAGUCAGUGCAAUCCCUCUGAGCUUCUGUGUGUGUCCUGUGAAAACUUGUUUCCUGGGCCCAAUGAAUUUGUCCUAUAUGAUUUUUUUCUUUGCAAAUAAGAUCAGGAUAUGUGUUUGGACGCAUGCUGGGUCUGAGGAACCAUGGGACAUCCAGAGGGGUCGUCAGGAGGCAAUGGGCUGUACUGGUCUGGAGCUGAGGAGGCAGGUCUGGGCUGGAGAUUGAUUUUGGCAGCUGUGAGGACAGAGGCAGUAGCUGCAGCCAGGGGUGCACGAGGCACCAUGAGAGUGAGGCAGUUGAGGCUGGGAUCCCUCAGGCAUUUGACCGCAUUAACCAAAAUUCCUUCGAGCUGCCUAAGUGCCUGCCCGCUUUGGCACAGGGGCCCCCUUCUCCCAGGCUACAGUGAGGAGCUGGCACGGGCUCUCUGAGGGCUGUAUGCAUUCCGGGUCACGGAGGAGAAACAAGUCUGUGCUUCCAUUCUUCUGUGUUCGCUGCCCCAGUUCUAGGUGCCCCCAAAACUUUGGUGCUCUCGUGCUGCCCUCAAACACCCCCUUGGCCCUUCUCUCUGCCUCCAAACUGAUUCAGGAUCUUCAGUCGCCAACCCCCACCUCGAGCCAAAGAAAAUGGCAGCAGUGCCAUACAGUUUGGAGGCACCUCAUGAAGGCCCGGGCCCUGGUCCUGGCUGGGGGUGAAGGGGGGGUUCUGUCAAUUCCAGGGUCAUUGCGACCAGGGAGCCCCUGCUGGAAAGACUCGAAAGCCUGGCAGAGUUCUCAGACCCUCCAGGCCCUACCCCUUAGUGGACAUCUGUGCUCUCAGAGCCACUUACAGGAGAUGGGUUGAAGCCACGUCUGACAAGGCUCAGAGAGAGAGCCAGGUCAGAACUCCAGCCAAAGACGCUAGCUCUCAACACUCCCCAGAUUGUCAGUCCUUGGGGAGUAGGGUCCCCCCAACUCAAGGCUGCAUUCUGGGCCCCAGAGAGAUUGUGCCCGACAGCUUACAAAAUUGUGGAUGAAACAGCAGCUUCUCCAAAAGGAACACAUUCCCGCAAGAACUAGUCUCAGUCUGCAGCCCACAAUGAACCAAAUCCCUCUUAAAAAUAAGUGAAGCUGUUUUCCUCAAACAAGUUGCAGAGCUCCUCUUCUCUGCCUACAGCUUAGCAGAGGCCACCAGGCACGUGACCUCACCAGGUAGAGCACUUCUGCUCCUCGGGAGCCACAGGUAGCUCUAGAAUCUCUUUUUUUGGCUGCACCACAAGGCUUCCAGGAUCUUAGUUCCCCAACCUGGGAUAGAACCCAUGCCCCCUGCAGAGGAAGUGUGGAGUCCUAACCACCGGCCCGCCAGGGUGUUCCCCAGACUCUCCAUUUUGACUGUAGUCUGUUUCAUAUUUGCAAAAUGACGUUGCCCACUUGAAUGAUCUUCCCAGAACUAAGGUAUGGUCUCCUCCAAAGGGGUAUCAAGUCACCACCUCUUGCAAGACAGAAAACUACAGAUGACUUUGAAAUUACAGUUUUUCCAGCUUCAGGGGUCACCCAAACAUCCCUCUAGAUUAGUUUCAUCCAGGAAUCAAGGUUCGGGGAUCCAUGCGCUCCUCCUGCCCCGGCCAAUGGCGUUCCUCCUCUCUUGUCCAGGGACUGCUGCAUUUCCCCCAGCUAGAGAGCCCGGAGAGUUCAUGUGGACUGGCUGCCUAACCGAGGCCUCAUCUUGAAAAGGAAAGGUAGGGUAGAAAGCUGAGAGAUCAGAGAAAAGAUCUAAGAGAAUUUGUGCCAUGUGAGAUCACUUUUCUUGUUCACAGGGGUGGUGCCUAACCUGUUGUGGAGUUGUACAGUCCUUACGGAAACUGAUGAAAGCCAAGGAUCCUCCCCACCUCCCACCUCCCACCUCACUGCUGAAAAAAACACCAAUGUGUAAAUCUGGUGGACAAUUUGAGGGAGCCCACAGACUUUCCGAAGCUCAUUCAGAGAUUCCGUAGGAGUCCAUGGCCCUUGGGCUUUCCUGCCCUGUUCUGGGUACUAUUAUCAAUGUCCUCCUGCAGCUAGAUUAGUUCCUCUGUCUGUGCUCAGGUUCCCAUAUCAGGGCUCUCUGUCUCCAUUAUGUACAAGCCUCCCUAUGCUUCAUCCUUUUUCUACUGAAUGUCUUCUUUCCCUCUGCAAUUUAAACGCACUUGAAUAUAUCACAGCAUAAAAAAAUGACACUGUGAUUACAAAUAUAUAAAUAUCUAAUCGACUUCCACCUCUCCUUCACUAAAAGAGCUCUUGCUGCGGUCCCCAGUGGCCUCAUCAUUACUAAACCCACAGGCCACUUCUCAGCCUUUAGUCCUUUGGACUCUCAGGGGCGCCCAACUUUGUCAGCCCUCUUGGAACACCUGUCUUCUCUUGACUCUCUAUUCCAUACUCUCCUGGAUUUUCUCCUACCCCUGCUCAUUCUCAAACUCCUUUUGGGUUCCUUUUCCUUUCUCUGCCUCUUAAGUGUUCGUCAGGGCUCUGAUACAGACCUUCCUUCCCCAUCUUACUGUCCCUGAGCAAUGUCACCAACUCCCAUGGUUUCAGUUACCGCCUCCAGGCUAAUGAUGCGCUCACUGUACCUCCAGCUUAACCUUUCUCCUAAGCUCUGUCUGUAUUUCCAAUACUUCUGUCUGCGUAGCCUCAGAAACCUCAAACUGAACUUACCUGCCCUAGAUGUCUUCCAUUCAUUCCUUCAGAUGCUCUCUCCACCCUUCUCUACCUGCUCUAAGCCCCACAUCGAUGAGCUUCCCUGCUCUCCAGCCUCUAAGCCUCCUCCAGGGUUCCCUCCCAAGUGAGAGACAACCUCCAACCUCCAUCCAGGGACACGAGUCAGAAACUUGGACAACAGCCUAGACUCCCUGAGCUUUGUCACUUCCCUUUUCCAUUAGUUCUCAGAUCCUUAGAUCCUGCAAGCCCAUCCCACUUUCUCUCUUCCCAAUGCUAUUCUGUUGAAGUCUUCCUAAUUUGUGGAAUGGUUUAUUGCUCAUCCUCCUAACUGGUCUCUGUCUCCAGCCUCAACUCCCUCCAGUCAUUCUCAGCCCUGUGACCUUUUAACAUUAAUUGAGCACUAACAGUAGUGCCUUGGGCCAGUUAUAGGGAUUCUGAGGUCAGCUAGAAAAAUGUUCUACCAUCAAGGAGACCACAGGUGGAGGUGGAGGUGGGGGAAGGGCUGCCCGUUUGGCAAAUAAAAACAGGACAUCCAGUUAAACUGGAGUUUCAGAAAGUAUGUCUCAUGCAAUAAUUGGGAUAUACUUAUACAAAAAAUGUUAAUCUGCUAUUCAAAUUGAACUGGGUGUCCUGGAUUUUUUCUGGCAACCCUAGGUGGGGGUAAACAAGUAAACAGAAAAUGCAAUCAACCACCCUAAGUCUCCCAGUAGAAGGAUGGCUAGGGUACAGUUAUGUAUGUCAGGGUCGAGGAGGAUUCUAUACUCAUAAAGGGAAAGGAAUCAUUUCUACCCAGAUGGAAGGGGCAGAAGAGCCAGGAAAGUCCUUGUGAAGGAGGUGGUACUUGAACUGGGCCUUGAAAAAUGAAAUAUUUGCACAAGGUGGAUAAGGGGCAUUGGGCCUGUACUGGUUGUCCUUUAUCGCCUUCAUGGCUUCUUAGCUCUGAACUCCCCCUUCUCACUGGCCAUGCCCUCUCCAGCAGGGUCGGGACUCAGCCUUGGGCAGGAGUGGGAGGUGAGGGCCUCUCCCUUGGGCUCUAUCUCAGCCCUAGGACUCUGCUACUCCUGUGUUCUUUAGCGUUCUCUUCGCUUCUUACUAGCCAACCCCUCAUUCCUUCAAUCCCCUAGUACAGUUUAAGAUUUUUAUAUUAAACUGUCCCUGUGUGCUUACUGUGUGGUUUCUCCUGACGGGUCCUUGUCUGACACACAGCCUUCAGCAGAGGCAGCAGCAUGAACAAAG